GCUGGUCAUAACAACGUUCGUCAGUAGUAUACCUUCUUGGUAAAGCUGUGAGCUAAUAUCAGCUACCUCCGCUUCAAACCAGUACCCGUGGUCCUGACAUAUCCUACCCCUUGACCAAUGGCAAUGCUUCCGUCACCGGCGUCACCGUGGGAUAUCGCUUCCACCUAUCUAUAUAAGUGAGACAUCGUCCUUCAACCCGUCUUCAUGUCUACCACAUCCUCCAAGAAAUCCCCAGAACAACCGCAUGAGACGGUAACCAAUCGUCUCACCGAAGUCGGUGCUAAGGACCAGCGUGCCUAUGAGCGCGCUAGGCACCAGACAAAGGAGCGGCGGGAGUACACACACGUGAAGGAGCGCAAGGAGAGAGCGGCUGCUGGAGCACCCGCACCGGCCCUCAAGGAAGGGCAUGUCAGCAGGGCUGCUAAGAGGGCCGGCAUGGAGUCCUGGGAUAGCGAUGAGCUCGACUCUCGUAUGCUCACUGAAUCGGGACGUCCCGUCAAUGUCGCACCAGCGCCGAGGACCAAGUCUGGUUUCUCCAAGAUGGCGCUUGCAGAUUUCAUGACGUUCAGGACCAAGAAGCAAUUCAAGUCGCAAGAUGCUGACUUCGAAGUCCUUCCACCUGUCCGUGCGGUCAUUGCUCUUGAUGACUUUGGGCAUGACAUUGAGAUCAAUGAGCCCUGGGAAUUCAUCUCUCUCGCCCCCGAAUCUCCCACUUGCAAGGGUCUAUCCUACGCUCAGGCUGCUGCUCUGACGCUUUAGAUCAUGCUAUUGCAUUUGAUCAGUAAUACACCACAUCACACCACACCCAUUACGACCUAGUUCAUUCCUAAUUCAUUCAUUACGAACUCACGUUACAUCUCCGAGCUCCACGUCUUACCGUGUCGGUCCUUGUUAUUAUUAUACUUAAUGGACUGGGCGGUUUAUUUAGACUUUAGAGGAUCGUGUAAUAUAUUGAUUGGUGUUGGAUAGUCCGAAGC